GCAGCUCUUCACAAACUCUCAAAUGCAGCACCACACAACAGCUGUCAGUGAAGAACACUGGUGAGAAAAUCAACAUCUGGACAGAUUCUUCAGUUAUUAGUGAUCAGAAAUAUGUAUGUACAAUCACUGUUUUUCUGUCUCUGUAUAUCAGGUCGUGGGUCCAUCAGGCUGGUGGGUUCUGGGGGAGACUGUGCAGGGAGGCUGGAGGUUUUUCACAAUGGCUCAUGGGGGACAGUGUGUGAUGACUCCUGGGAUAUUAAAGAUGCCCAUGUGGUGUGCAGACAGCUGCAGUGUGGAGUGGCCCUCAGUAACCAGCAGGUACCAGCCUGGUUUGGUCCUGGUUCUGGACACAUAUGGCUGGAUGAGGUGGAGUGUGAGGGGAAUGAGACGUCCCUGUGGAGCUGCUCUUCUUCAGGCUGGGGAGAACAUGACUGCAUACACAAGGAGGAUGUAGGAGUCGUGUGUUCAGAGUUUAAAGAGAUCAGGUUAACUGAGGGCUGUGACGGGAAUGUGGAGGUUUUCUACAAUGGAUCCUGGGGUAAUGUGUGCUGGAACCAGAUGGACAGAGACACAGUGAGUCUGAUCUGUCAAGAGCUGAACUGUGGAAGAUCUGGUGUUUUGUCUGCUUAUGCACCAAGAUUGAAAUCAGCUCCUAACUGGCUGGAUAAUUUUAAAUGUCGACCACAUGAUUCCUCUUUAUGGCAGUGUCCUUCUUCACUCUGGGGACAGAAUAACUGUGGUGAUGAUGAAGUGGCCAAAAUUACUUGCUCAGUGGAGGAGAGUGAUGAGUCUCCUCGGAGUCAUCUGACAUGUUCAGCAUCUCCUCACCAGAGACAGUGUUCAAAUCAUGUUCCUCUCAGACUGAGUGGAGGUAAGGGAGUCUCAUCUCUGAAGAACUGCAUUCUGGGUAUGAAGAUGCUGAUGAGCUUUUCCCAGGCGUUCUUUUUCAGCCAGGUACAGAUGUCUCAGAUGCUCGGGAUAUUCCUUCCUCCUCACCGGAUUGGUUACACAGAUCUCAGACUGAUAGACGGUUCAGGCUCUUGUUCUGGGAGAGUGGAACUUCAGUAUCUUGGUAAAUGGGGCACAAGUCGAGCUGAAUGUUCUCACAGACGAGAUGUUGGAGUCAUCUGCUCUGCAGGUCGCAGGUCCCUCAGACUGGAGGGUUCUGGGGGAGACUGUGCAGGGAGGCUGGAGGUUUUUCACAAUGGCUCAUGGGGGACAGUGUGUGAUGACUCCUGGGAUAUUAAAGAUGCCCAUGUGGUGUGCAGACAGCUGCAGUGUGGAGUGGCCCUCAGUAACCAGCAGGUACCAGCCUGGUUUGGUCCUGGUUCUGGACACAUAUGGCUGGAUGAGGUGGAGUGUGAGGGGAAUGAGACGUCCCUGUGGAGCUGCUCUUCUUCAGGCUGGGGAAAACAUGACUGUCAACACAAGGAGGAUGUAGGAGUAGUGUGCUCAGAGUUUAAAGAGAUCAGGUUAACUGAGGGCUGUGAAGGAAAUCUGGAGGUUUUCUACAAUGGAUCCUGGGGUAAUGUUUGCUGGAACCAGAUGGACAGAGACACAGUGAGUCUGAUCUGUCAAGAGCUGAACUGUGGAAGAUCUGGUGAUUUGUCUGCUUCUACAGCAAAAGUGAAAUCAGCUCCUAACUGGCUGGAUAAAGUUACAUGUCGACCACAUGACUCAAAUCUGUGGCAGUGUCCUUCUUCACCCUGGGGACAAAAUAACUGUAAUAAUAAGGAUGAAGUGGCCAAAAUCACCUGCUCAAAGGAGGAGAAUCAUGAGUCUUCUCGGAGUCGUUUGUCUUGUUUUAUCUCACCAUCUCCUCAACAAAAACAGUGUUCAAAGAAUAUUCCUCUCAGACUGAAUGGAGGGGAGGGCCGGUGCUCUGGGAGGCUGGAGGUGUAUCAUAACGCUGUGUGGGGCUCAGUCUGUGAUGAUCAGUGGGACAUCAACGAUGCUCAGGUGGUCUGCAGGCAGCUGGGUUGUGGAGAAGCACUGCUUUCUGAUGGGAAUUCAACCUUUGGUGCUGGUGAAGGUGUUGUGUGGAUGAACAAAGGUCAAUGUAGAGGGAAUGAGAUUCACCUGUGGGACUGUCCUCUCUCCUUGAAUAACCACACUGACUGCGCCCACAAGAAACAUGUUAGACUCAACUGUACAGAUUUGUCAGUGUCAACUACUCCUGCAAUAACAACUUCAGCUUCUCCUCCAGUGCGCUCAACAUCAGUCAGUCCUCCAGCAGUGUCUCUCUCCGUCCCCCCAGUGCUUGUGAUUGUUCUGGGAGUUGUGCUCUUACUGCUCUUAGUGCCACUGCUUAUACUGAUUCAACAGAACAGAGUGAUGAGGAGAGCUCUCUCUAAGAGGAGACACAGGAUGACGACUGCGGCUGCUUAUGAAGAGAUUCAUUUAAGACACAAUCACUUCACUCAGAGGGUGAGUCUUAUCUCUGAAGAACUGCAUUCUGGGUAUGAAGAUGCUGAUGAGGUUCUCUCAGAAGAGAUGGUGAAGGAAAUUACACUGGGAUACUAUGAUGAUGUCAUCACUGUUGGACUGAAACCAGAUCGUGGGACAGAAGACACACCUGAGAGCUAUGAUGAUGUCAUGAUAUAUCAGAACGCUGAUAUUAAAAAAGUGGACGCACCAGAGAAUUAUGAUGAUGCCAUGAUUAAUAGACGGAUCUCUCAAGGGGUAACAGAGAGAGUUCAGGAGGAGUAUGAUGAUGUCAUAAAUGUCAGUGAAGAUGUGACAAACCUGUUGAAUCAUGAUGAUGUGGAGGAGGAGUCAAACAAAGAAGGGGGUCAUUUGGCUCCAUGAUGUCAUCCACUGCUUCAGUUCAACACAUCUGAACAAAGUCUGAGUUAUUGAUAUAUAGAUAUUGUUAUUGUCAGGUUUUUAUAUUUUUCCCCAUUUUCUGUAUUAAAUCUGUGAUGCCUUUGUGGAUUUUGUAGGAUUUUGUUUUUGCCUUUUUUAUACAAAUAAAAAAAAAAUAUAUUUUUUAUGUCAAUAAGAGA